AUGCCUAGGCUCCUCGACCUCCCAAAUGAGAUCCUCGAUAAGAUCGUCGACCAGAUCCAUCCUGAGGACAUCAUCAACUUCUCGCUUUCUCGCUUGCGCAUCUACCGUGUCGCCAGGGACGCCGUGUCACUCCACCUGGAGCGGAAGACGACUUAUGAAGACGUUGUACUACAUGGUUGCCACCGCCAUGCACAUAACGCUCAUCCGUUGCGAUUGAUACAGGAUAUCUGUAUGGAUUGGAGGAUCGGAGAGUAUCCGAAAGUUCUUAUGAUCGAGUGUUGCCACCAUCCUUGUCAUCCAGACAAUUUUAGCCCUGAAGAAGACGAUAAUUACGUGGAAGAGUAUCAGAUUCAGAAGAUGGAAGAUGACGAGGUUGUCCAAACAAUCAUGCCAGUCAUUCAGGGUUACAUUGAAGAGAAGGUCGCUCAGUCACGGGUUUCAAAUCAGAGGCGUUUUGACGUGGGGCGUUUGUGUGACAAUGUCAGAAAUGGAGAAAGAGACUCAGCAUUUGCUUUCUUGCUUUUUUUCUUGCCCAAUCUGGAAGAAAUCUGUCUUGCCCAAUCCACAUGGCACUUUCGUACCCUGGAGCACGCGAUCCUCGCAAUCUCCGAGCAGAACCUGCAGCGGACUCCCUGGACACGAAAGCCUCUUAUGAACCUGUCCCAAGUUCGCAUUCUGGGUUCGUCUGAUGACAUCGGUGAUGGUGAGGAUUUUCAGGUCUUUAGUGGCAUACGCUGCGCUCCCAUCAAUGCGGACGAUGUUUGGGCACUACGUGGAAGGUUACGACACGCAGUCAUAGCCGAAUACCUAACGGAGCUGCUGGCCGGAAUCAGAGCACUGAAACGUUUCACUUACAGUCACAACGAAAACCUCGUUGAGGGUUCUGGAAUGGAACCCCACAAGAUCCUUGGAGUUCUCCUCGAACACGCCAAACACAGCCUCGAGUAUCUAUCUCUUACUGGACGUUAUGAUCCGCAUGAUGAAGAGAGCGAUAUUGACCCUCGCAAUGGAUCAUUACGGGACUUUGAAGUCUUGAAGGAGAUCGUCCUUGACGGCCGCGUUUACGUCGAACACACUCCGGAUGACAGUCAAGAAUCCAACUCCGCCGACAUCUCCUACCCCGAAACCCACGGACACUUCAUCCGGCAUUUGGUUGAUGUGCUGCCCCCUUCCAUUGAGACAGUAAGCCUCGUUGGGGCCGGAGGGGCGGCUCAUGUUCCAGACUUACUCGAAAACCUCUUAGAACAAAAGGAGCUACGGCUACCAAAGCUCAGAAACCUCAUCAUCGGGGCAUGGUACCGCCGCCCAAGCGGCUGGGAGAUGGCGUUGAGGGAAAGGUGCGAGAAGGUGGGUGUGACGCUGAGGGCAGUCCAGGAGUCGGAGAGGUUCUGGCGUUGGUCAUAA